UGCAACUACAACACAAGCAUACUACGAUUGGUAUCACAUGAGCACGCGUACUAGACUGACAUGUCAACUACCUACGGGGCCAACACAUCCCACACAUAUGGAACAGUUGCACAGAUGAAUAGACACAUCAUCAGCUUACUAUUGUGACUCCACGACAAUCAUCAACAUCUUGCUAUUCGGGUCCAUCAUUUCACGAACAAUUCAAGCAACCAACAACUAAUUUUUUUCAAAUUGAUAUUUGCAACGAAGUAGGGGCGAUGGCGAGGGAAGGCAUGCGAGCCCAGGGAAUUGGUACUCAAGCACUGUCUAUCUUAAAAAGAAUUGGCGAAUACGUUACCACAAAGAUGCUGAGAUGCAGUACAGAGAACGACGUUGCCACUGGAGCGUACAACAUUCCGGAACCGAGGUCAGCUAGAAUGAGUGCGGCAUUGUCGUUGUCCAAGCGACGAGGAGAGGGUCCUAGUACUACUACGACAGUUCCACGGCAUGACUCGUUUGUGCCACUACAGGGGCAGACAUCCCAGGUACAUGUUGCAAGCUUUGGUUCGAUGCCCGAGCAGACUCAUUUCGUGGACCAGGAUGCAUAUAUGGGAUAUGAUGCACACAUCCAAGGUGACAGAUCUCAGCCAUAUCCCUCCACACGAGGGAUCAGGAUGCCCGAGGAGACUCGUUUUCCUGAGAUAAACCAACACACUAUAGGCGAGGGAUCACAAAGCUCCAACAAUGCUCAGGAAAUUAAUGAUGCAUCAUGGGGAUAUGAAGAAACCAAACGUGGCGUACACAAACAAAUACUCAUAGAAUCCCAUGAUACUCGACGCCCACUCCCAGGAAUAGUAGAUGACUUUUUUGGGGAGGACCUUAUUGGCCCAUCUUAUAUCCCUUCCGAGUCACAACUAUACAUCUAUAAUUUCGAAUCAUCAUCUCAAUAUGGAUUGCAGACUCCACCACCAAUGCAUGAGUCGCAGACACAGGAACAGGAGGGACAGUAUGGCCGUGGUCUUCGUGAACACAGACCCCCUAAUCACUUAUCACCUUCCGGUCGUCGGUAAAGGCCAGCUGGUCGUCGUCACGUAGGGUGAUUAGUCUAUGUAUGUGUGCAAACUAUUGUAUCUCUCUAUGUGAGUUUCAAACUUUCAGAUGUAGGUACGAGACAUCUAUGUAGUUUGAUGAAAUAAAAGCUCUUGAUAUA